AUGCCCGAGCAUGAUGGCCUCAUGAGAAUCUUUUGGCCUGUGGAUAUACCGAAGUCCGAAUCUCCAGGGAUUAUUGUCGGUUGGCGCAACUCAGGACUCGAUGUCUUUGUGGUGGCAAUAUUGGAGGACGUCGAUGCACCAAGCGUGGAAAAUGCCUUGAAGGUUGGGACUAUAUUUCGAAAUGCAAGCCACCCAAUCUCACGAAUAUUUGAGCUCUGUGGGCAGUCGUACAUGCAUGUUCUGGGCCUGACGAACACACCGCACGUCGAUAUCGACAAUCUUCAGAUGCACGCAUCUACUGGGCCAAGCUUGAAAAUUCCUCAGAUAUCCUGCGCGCGCGCUUCCACGAUACAGAUAAUCAUGUUUGACCGGCCUCUUCCGAACAGGAUGCAGUAUAUCUCACUCAGUCCAAUCCCAUUGGCAUUGGGAGACAAAGCAGAGAUGUCCAUACACGCCCCUGGAAGUGUAGAUGCAGAAGAUGAACGAGAAGAGCAAGAGAAUAGGAAGAAGACCAAGGCUCUAGUCGAAAAGUUGAAGCUCCACUCGGUGAUCAAGCACCCAGCCUCACCCAAAGAGCUCGCGCUGCCGAGAAUUGUGAACCAGAUCAAUUGUUCUUGGGAACUUCAUAAAUUACUGCAGAAGAACAUUUCACUUGUCGGAAGGCGCUCACGUCGAAGUCUAAGUGUGUCAGAACGAGUUGUCGAGUCCGCCACAACGAUGAGAGAUUUUGUGAUCGUUGCUAUCUGGCAGUUGAUCACUCUCUACAUUUACCCAAUUGUUCGUCGAGGUUUUGUGAUCGGGCUCCUGUGUCAUAGGGUAGCUGCUGAAGCUCUUCUACUUGUUCUGGAGUGGAGAGCGAAGCCUGAAUAUGCUGCUUUGAAGGACAUUUCAGCAACAGCUCAACAAGUGGAAAUACGACUUCAACAGUUCUCUUAUUGGCCAAUGCAAUAUGUGACAUUAAGGAAACGCAAGGACGAUUGGGAAAGCGUUACAACAAGUCAUCCCGAUUAUAUCAGAUUUUAUAACAGCCUUUGGCUUGUAGCUAAUGAUGUCAUCAUUGGCAUAGCCCUCGGAUCCUACAUAAUUGACAACUCGGCAUGGGUCGCGGAACUAAUCAGUGAUAUACUCAGCAUGUACUCAAUCGCUGCACUCCAGAGAACAAUUUCGUGGUUGAUGGACUGGCCUGCUGGAUUGAAGCUCAACACUGAGCUUGCAGCUUUUCUCGGUGACCUGUUCCUUUGGGUCAUUGAUCACUGGGCCAAUUGCAUCGAAGCAUUACGACCAGUACUACCUCAUAUAAUCUGGUUCAUUGGCUUCUCUAGUUUCGCAGGAGCAAGCAUGCCAAUUGCCCUAUUUUCAGACAUGUUGUCAAUUCUGACACUCCACAUCUACUCUUUCUACAUGGCUUCGGCUCGCAUCUUCAACUGGCAGUACACAAUCCUUCUGUCACUUUUCCAACUAUUUCGUGGCAAGAAACACAACGUCCUAAGGAAACGAAUUGAUUCCUGUGAUUACGAUCUAGAUCAGCUACUCCUGGGUACUAUCUUGUUCACGUUACUCUUCUUUCUACUUCCAACAGUAGUUGUAUUCUACCUCACAUUUGCAUGUUCUCGCAUGGCGAUCAUCUCUCUGAAAGCGGCAUUAGACACUCUGCUUGCAUGCUUGAACCAUUUUCCGCUUUUCGCCCUUAUGUUACGAAUUAAAGACUCGCAACGUCUGCCAGGUGGCAUUCGCUUUGAACUUCGAGAUACCCAACACUUUAGUAAUUCUUCAACUACCGCACACUCGCCACCGCCAACCUCGUACAUAUACCUCAAAUCUGUUCCUCUGACCUUUCGUGCAAUGUUUCACCAGUAUUUCCAACUCGGCCAUCGCAUUCGCAAACACUACCUCUCACCACGAGUCCUUCUUUGUUUGGCCACAGGCAAAUUCGUGCCUCCUAUUCACCGCAAGAACCUGUAUAGCUUGCAGUAUAGCAUGUUGCCAGCACGUCGAGCGGGUAUCAUGGAUAUGUGGCAUGCUCUGACAUCAGAUGAGCCAAAGAGCGCAAAAUCUAGCGGUUUUGAUAUGAAGAUUAAUGGGAAAAGGUUAAACGGGAAUGGGAGGAGACACUAUGGACAUUGA